AUGCAGCAUGGUCGUCUAUGAUCAGCUGCCCAAGUCGGACAAGUCUGAUAUUAAUUGCCUUAUUAAGAAGUUGACCGCUGCCUUCUCUCCGACCCCAGCUGAUGCCUUUAUAGCAUUUCAGAGUAGACGUUUUGUUCAAGGUGAAUCUAUUGAUAAUUAUGUUUCUGACUUGAAACGUUACCUAACUCUAUCUGAUACUGAUCCAUCAGCUUGCCCUAAUAUUAUCGCUGAGCAGUUUGUACGGGGUCUACCUACUGAGGUUGCUGCACAAGUCAUCUACGACGUAAUUGUCCGUUGA